GGUUCUGGCCGUCUCUCGUCCAGCUAGCUGCGUCUGCCGCCGACGCCACACCACCACCACCACCAACAGCUGCUGCUGCUGCCGCUGCUACUAUACUGCAUCCUUACAAGUCCCAUCUGCAUCUGUCUGUCUGCCGCCAGCCUGUGUGAGACUCGCUGCUCCGCCAUCAACAAAGCUACCAAUACGCAUCACCACGCAGAGUCCCCGGCUGUCGUGCCACUCUGUCGCUAGCGAGCAGCACACUAAUACGGCCCUACCACGUAUCCUUCCCUCCUCUCUCUCUCUCCCCCAUCCUGAGACCAGACCAGACCAGACCAGACCAGACCCCUUGUCCAGACGACGGGAAUGCGUUGAGUUUCUGCACAACUUGCAUGUUGCCGCGCCCGGUGUCUUGCUGAGACCCUGGACCGAUCGUCGCCGAUACCCAAUACCUCUCCCAACCUGCCUACAUAUAACCACCGUAUUUAACCACCUUUGCGCCAUCUCUCAAUCCACCAUGUCUUUACCCACCUCCGGCCCUGGCCCUCAAUCUCAAUCUCAACCUGACUCUCAAUCUCAGCCUCACUCUCAGCCUCAGCCUCAACCUCAGCAGCAGGCCACCACGGCUGCUCUCCUUCGCCCCUCCGAGCAUCGUGACCGUGGCAAUCCCCUCCCAUUGUUCUCCUUCAAGCAGCCCAACCCGUCGCCGACCAGCCUCGUGCCGUCCACCGCCGAGGGCAAGCCGAUCCCCGUCGACGACUCGACCGUAGAAUAUCGCACCACCGCCCUCCGCGAGCUCAACCACAACUUCCCGAGCCACCGCUACGCCAAGUCCACUGGCGCCCAGAGCAGCACCUACUCGGAGCCCGUCAUCGUCCGCAGCUACUACCCCCCAUUGCCGUCCAGCAGGCCGUCCAGCUCGUCUCGCGGCCCCGCCAUCCACGGCGGUCCCAUCUCCGGCUCGGGCGUCGGCGCCGGAUCCCAGGUCGGGCGAUUUGCUGAGGCUGUCGCCGGCGGUCUUCCCCUUCCGUCACGGCUCGUCUCUGGAGAGCACGGCAUGCUAAGCACCAUGGUACUCUCCUUUGGAAAGAAGCCGGUCAAUGGCCGGGCCGAGGAUGAGGCCCGGUUGCCCCCGAUAGAUGCCUUUAGCUUCAAGAGCUUCAUGGCCAACAUAGAAGCACAGGGCGGCGGUCUCGCUGGCGAUAUCAAUGCUGACCUGGACCGCAUUGCUGAGAUAUGCGCGAGGUCUAGAUACUCGCUGAGCAACCAGUACGAGGUCCAUUAUAGCCCCCACGGAUCUGGAGCCUCCUUCCUGAACCCCUCAGCACAGUCAAAUGACUCUCAAGGCCCGACCUUGCAGGCUGUCUCUGCAGAAGACGAGCAGAGCGUAGGAGCAUCAUCAACCCGUAGGAAGCGGCGCAUGGCCCGAAGGAAUAGCAGAGCCGUAGGAACACUAGAAACCAUCAUCUCAUCUAGCCGGUCUUCGGACGAGGAGCAGGCCAGCAGGAAGAAGUCCGCUGCCGAGAUUGCUGAGGAAGUUCGCGGCCGAUCAGCACAGAAGGGAUCGGGGCAUUCUUCGACAAGCAGCUCUUCUAGUGGAACUCUUGAUGAGCGCCGAAACCCUAAUCUGGAAGAGCAAGCCGCGCCCAAGAAGUCAUCGUCUUCAUUAGCCCUCAUUGAUGCCUCUACUCGACACACCGGCGUGGCUGUAGACUCCCCACGAACAUCCGCUACCGGUCUUGUCAGCGAACCGGCACAGCCUCAAGAAUCAACAAGCCAGCUUGAGAUUCGUACAGCUCCGGGAGAAAUCAUUGAGGGGCGGCCUGCUGUCGUGAAAGACACACCGCACCAGCCCAAACAAUUGGGUCUCUCCGUGGCAAAGGGGGCUAUUACGCCUAUCGGAACGGACACUGCCAGCGGUGGCAUUCUCUCCAUUAUCAACGGCUGGAUGCCCUGGAGACCAUCCUCUCCGUUUAUCCACCACAAGGGUCUUGCUGAGGGCAGUCUUCGUGAGCUAUUGAGGAGCACAGAGCCGAAAGGAAAAGGCCCAGAGAUACUACAAUAAGCUUCAUAUAUAUAAUAUAUAUACAUAUAUAUAUGAAGCCGGACUAUCCAUAGCAUCGAUAUCAACGAGACAGGGUUAGUUGGAGGGCAGGAAGAAAGAAGGAGGGGAAAUAGAGCAGAUACUCCUCUUUCGCCUGCUUAAAGUUUUGGGCUUGAGCUUGAGCUUCGAAGGUUUUAUGAUCUGAUGAUAUUUAUAAGGGGGAUUGGAAAACUGACGAUACCAUGUUAUGAUGAGACGUGAACAUUACUUGACGAUACCAUGAUACUGGGAGGGAUGGCCUUUUGAUUUGUUUGAUUUACAUGUAUAUAUAGCAAUGGAAUCAACCACUAGGAGUUGGGUAGUCAACGGAACUUUCACUGGCUUCUUUCUCUAGCAGAGCCUCAAUGAUGCAUAGCUUAAAAUUGACACCAAAAAUCACUUCCCAUCAAAUAUGCUCUCACUGUUAGCAAAGGAGCCGCCACUAUAAAGAAGAU